CCCCCCCCCCUCAAUUCCUGUUCCAUACAUACAACAAUAACAGCAUGCGCUUCUCUCUGUCGACAGCUACAGCAGUCCUUGCUGCUGCUGCUUUCCUUACUCCAUUAGCCAAUGGUCAACUCAUCACUGAGGAACCCUCAGUCGCUCCAGGACCAACGUCCACUCAAACCCCAAUCCCCGAGCCGACCGCAGCUCCCACUCCCGGCAACGGUCCUUCACCCCGAGGCUUCACCAACUUUGCAUUCACUGAGUACCAAAAGUUGUUUGUCAGCGAUGGCGUACGCCGUUGGGCGAAGGAGGAGCAGGCGCUCUACGCAGGGCUCUACUCACUCGAUCUGUCUGUGCCCUGGACAUCCGAUAAACCGGCCUGGAAGAACCUGACCUACCGAAGCACUGGCGAGGGCGAAACUGCGGGGCAAUUCGGGAUCUCCAAGGAUAAUGCGACCCUAUUCUUCUUCGACGGCAAAGUCCACAAGUACGACGUCAAGACUAACACAUGGGCUCCCGAUACUAGCGCGCCGUCCCUAGGCAACGACAGCGUCCCUUUCGAAUUCGCAGAUCAUAUUGUCACGGAUCCCGAAACAGGAAUACUCCAUGGGUUUGGACCCUUGGUUCCGCUAUGGACCAUAGCAGAUCCGGAGGCUGAUGGUUACCUUGUUUCCAUGGCAGCGUUCGACCCUGCAACCGGCAAUUACACCUAUUCAUAUAACACUAAUUCUGGUGGACCCAACGGGACGAACCCAAACUCGCUGGUGUUCAGUGCGGCAACGAAGAAGCUGUAUGCAUUUGAGUGGGAGAGGACUCAGAAUGACAGCGCGUUGUUUGAAUACGACACCUCAUCCAAGAAAUGGACUCAGCUGAACACGACCGGAGAUGCACCCACCUCUCGUGGCGGCGUGUGCUUCGCGCCUGCCUACGGUGGCACGAAACUCAUCCUGGCCGGUGGAAAAUCCGUCACCGACACAACCGGCGCUAAAAAUGCUGCCCUGGACGACAUCUACGUCUAUGAUGUCCCCUCUUCUGUCUGGAGAAAAAUGGCCAAUGCCUCAAAGCCCUAUCACGGUGCAGCCUGUGCCGUCACUGGCGAUUUCUUCAUAAUCUGGGGAGGAUAUAACGUCUACGCGACCGGAAACUACACCGCCAACGAAGAUGGGCCUGCGAUCUUCAACAUCUCUGCCAACACCUGGGGAACCAAUUAUUCGCCCACUCCUGCUGGUACACCCCCCUCCAAAGAUAGUUCCAACAAACCCUCGACUGCCUCCCAGACUUGGGCUGCCCUGAUCAGGGGCGAGAUGAUUCUUCUGGCAGCAGUCGUGGCAACUCUGUCCUUGCUUUAAUAUGCCGACUUUUUUUUUUUUCGGAUCCGAAUCCGUCCAAGACGUUCUUCACGUCUGUGUAUAUUAUAUAUCGUAAUAUCUAUCGGCUGAACUGCCAUAACCUAGAAUAAAGAAUGAAUCGCCGGCACUCGUAAGGUUCUCCUCCGCCUCCCAAACCUCUUCAAUUAAAUCGAGGGGGGGAGGGGGCCUGAGCCGCUAAACUUCUACUACA